CUCACCCCAUGUCCGCCCGGCACCCUCUGGCUCAUGAUCAGUCCUGGCAGAACGCCUGGAGCGACGCCCAGGACAGAAUAUCGCGAAUCCGCGCGGACGUAGCGGCCUCGCCAUCUCCGCACCCCCGCAUCACGCGUGUGGGGAAGGUCGACGCGGAACUCCUGGACGCGGAGCUCGUGCAGCUGCUGAAGGAGCCGCUCACGAAGGCACUGAGCUUGGUCAAUUCUGCGUGGAAGGCACAGUUCGAGCCCGAGCUCGGCCUGCUCAUCCAGCUCGUGCUGUACAAGUUCUCCGUUUGGGACCAGGGGUCGAGCUAUGGCGCGAAGCUGCAAGGCCUGAAGUACGCUCCUCCGCCAGGGUCUCGUUCUCGUAUCGCUUCCGGAUUGCCUGGGUCGACGUUGGCGGUGCAUAUCGUCGCGACGAUAUUCGUGCCAUAUCUUCACAACCGCCUCCGCUCCCAUGCCCUAUCCAACGCGUGGCCGGACGCGCCUUCGUCAGACAGACGGCGGAAAUCCUGGGAGCUUUUGACGCGCCUGGAGUCAAUACACAGCGCGGCUGGCUUGCUGAACUUUGUCUUCUUCCUUUGGAACGGAAGGUACCGGACAUUAGCAGAUAGGGUGCUCCGUUUGCGGCUGGUCUCUGCGCGCCGACACUUCCAGCGGGAAGUGUCCUAUGAGUUCAUGAACCGGCAGAUGGUUUGGCACGCGUUCACAGAAUUCCUGCUCUUCCUCCUACCUCUAGUCAAUACCCGAGCUCUUCGUCGGCAGUUCACAUCCAUCACUUCAUGCCUUACCGUCCACUCUAUCAUGCCCUCGCGUAGUGGUGCGGCGCAAACCGAGAAGAAGACGCGAAGAGGGAAGUUCUGGACGCUUCCUGAGGACCAAUGCGCGAUCUGCGCCGAGAACGCGUCUACGAACCUCGCAGACCCUGCCGCUGCCCUAUCGUCCCUCACGUCUUUUUCCCCAUAUGCCACCACCGGAUCCGACGGCCCAGCAGAAUCCAGCGACCCCGAGCAGGUUCCGCAACACCCGAUCCACACGCCAUACGUCACGUCCUGCGGGCACGUCUACUGCUAUUACUGCGUGACGGACCGCAUGAUGCGCACGGCGGACGAGCGGUCGGGCGUCGGCCCCAAGGGCACGCAGUGGAAGUGCCUGCGGUGCGCGGAGGGUGUCGCUGCGGCGGACCGGACAGAGGCGGAUGCGGAGGGGCCGGAGUACGAGAGCGGGGUGGAUGACGAUGACGACGCGAUGAGUUUCGAGUUUGGGAGCGAGAGUAUGGAUACGGAGUUUACGGGGAGCGCGGGCAGCUAUGCGGAUAGUGAGUCCGAUGGACUGUCGAGCGAUUAGAGGCGAUCGUCUCGUCCUGUCGAUGUAUACCAUGUACACUGCUCUGGUUUACUCAAGUGUGUCUGCUUUGUAUUCGUAUCUGUCUCAGACGUCCGCGUCGUGGCCGAUCGUAAGGUUCUCAUAGUCCAUGCUGCUAUCCAGUCGUUUGUCAAUGUUGAGUAUGUCCCAUCUUUAUUGCCGGCCGCCUUGAACGAACUGCCAACCGUCCUGGGUGAGGGCGUUCACUGCGCCCUCUGCCGACUCUUUCGGCACCAGCACGUAAUCAGUAUUCCAUGUCGAUACCGCGAAGAUCGGUAUCCCGGCAGCCUUCAAGGGUAGAGUGAAGUUGCACAUCACUCCCGUGACGCCAAAGUCCAUGGGUCCGGCGAUCUUGAUGCAGCGCCAGGCUGCGUCUGCCUCUUCGACGUUAGAGCACUCCCUGACAAUCGACACUUCCUCGUUGGUGCGCGUAAGGGAGAUGAAGCGACCCUCCGCCGUGACUUGCUCCGUCAACAUGCGGAUGUAAAUUUCUGGGAUCGGGUCAUCGGGUUUGAGCUGGACAACUUUGAAGGGCCGUUCGAGCAUACAGAGACGGAAUGAGGGGUGAUCUGAGGGAGGUGGUGGAGGCAUUGAGAGAGCAAGACUCGAGCCCAAGAUUCUAGAGCAGCAACUGAUAUCCGUUUCGCAGAACAGCGCGUCGUGGCUAAGAG